AUUUUCGGCUGUUUUUCUCUGCAGGACGAUUACUACUGCACGAUCACAAUUCGAUUACUACUCCACCACGAGGAAGAUAGAACAGGCGAGUUUGAUGCAUCUCCGCUAAUUCCUAACGAAGAAUCUGGAAUCUCUCGUCAUUGAGUUCAUAUAUAAGUCUGGAAAGUUGCUGUUCUUUGCCACCACAUCGACCUACAACCAAGACUCAACCGCAAAUGAUUCAAGAGACCCGCGAAUAAGGCGUCCUGACCUACAAAUCCCGAACCACCAUUGAUUUUUGAGCGCAUCCAACUACAACGUACGACCAACAACAUACGAUCAAUUGGAUACCACAAGUUUUAGAACCGCAAUCCAGUCCAUAGUCAAUUCUUGAUCGGUACUUCAAGACAUCAGAAAAAGCAUUCAAAAGCACCUUCGUAGCUUUUGGUCACCACAAAACACCAAUCGCCCUUCAAAACUCCAUUCCUCAAAAUGAAGAUUCUCACCAAGAAAGAAGAAGAGGCUCACUACGAUGCCACAUUAAAAGGGGGGAUCGCAGGAGGCCUCAUCGGUCUAACAGCAGUACGUCCCAAUUGGAAUCCCCAAACUUCCGCCCAUCAACCCCUCCAUCCCCCAAUAUCCACCCCUCCAGCCCCAGAAAAACAGCCAACUAACACCCUCCCCAGGGCGCAGGAAUAGUCUUCGCAUCGCACAAACGCUUCCCCACCUUCCGCCAACUCACAAUCCCUCUAAAAGCCUUCCUCGUCACCUCCUCCGGCACCUUCUCCGCAAUAAUAAUGGCCGACCGAGCCUCGCGCGCCUAUCAAGCCUCCACCCACCCGGAGUCCUUCUACAAAGACUCCUCCUCACUCGCAAUAGAAAGCACACAAGCCUCACUCAGCAGCCUCCAGCGGGCCAAAGAAUGGGGUCGCGAGAACCGGUAUCCGAUCGUGACAGCCUCGUGGGUGGCAUCGAUGGGGAUUGCAUUCGGCCUGGUGUCGCGGAAUAAGUACCUGACGGGCGCGCAGAAGUUGGUGCAGGCGAGGGUGUAUGCGCAGGGUCUGACCCUGGCGGUUUUGGUGGCGACGGCGAUGUUUGAGACGAGUGAUGCGAAGAAGGGGAAGGGGAGGUGGGAGAGCGUGAUGGUUUUGGAUCCUAAUGAUCCGGAGCAUAAGCAUAUGAUUGAGAAGAGGGUACAUCAUGAAGCCUACCAGGGAGAGGAUUUAUGGAGGGGUGAGUUUCCUUAUUCUUAUUUGGCUUUUUUUGGGUUGUUAUUCCGAGGGAGUUCAGUACUGACUGUUUUGAUUUAGAUAUGGUAGCUGCUGAAGAGCGGAAAAUCGAGGCGAGGAAAAAUGCUGUCAAGGCCGAGGAGGCAUCGUACAAAUCCUCCUCUAAGCCAGCAUCGGGUAAAUCAGCAUAAUGAAUGAGUGACUUUUCUGGAUUAAAAAUAUUCUCGUAAUACAAAGGUUCGCUACCCUCGGCUAAGGGAAGGCAUAUUGAUGAAGGCUUUGGUGCAUUAACGCCGUUGAGGAAAAGGGGUUUGGUUUACUGCAUUGCGACGGUUGAGAAGGAGUCACAUCAAGGGGACUUUUCUUGUACAGCUG